AUGAACGAGUGGAUGGGCCCCGACCUCAGUGUGGCAGCGCUACACAACGAUGACUUCACUCUGUCUGAGACCUCACACCUGUUCGAUAUCCUGGUGGACCAGGCCAGCCCUCUCCUGCAGGACCAGGACAUGUUCCCCUUCAGCAGUUGUGGGGGGGGGCAGUACCCGCCCCUGGACCCCCACCUGCCCCCCCCGUCUCAAUACUGCUCCAGCCACAGCUACUACCCCCAGCACCACAGCGGGGACGAGUGGUACACACACACGGGCCUCUACGAGCUGAGGAAGAGCCCCCUGGACCUGGGCUACGAGGAGCUGGAGGAGGUCCCUGUGGUCUGCAAGAGGAGUAGGCACCUCCUGGGGGGGCGCGGGAGGGGGGAGGAGCUGUGUGUGGUCUGUGGGGACAAGGCAUCGGGGUACCACUACAACGCCCUGACCUGCGAGGGCUGCAAAGGUUUUUUCCGCCGCAGCAUCACGAAGAAUGCUGUGUACAAAUGUAAAAGUGGAGGGAACUGUGAGAUGGACAUGUACAUGCGGCGGAAGUGUCAGGAAUGCAGACUCCGGAAGUGCAAAGAGAUGGGAAUGUUGGCAGAGUGUGAGUCUCACUACACCUCUAUAUGUAUGGAUUGUCCAAGCUCCUCCGCCGCCCAGUCCGUUUGUCUCUACCGCCCAGUCCAUGCCUCUCUACCGCCCAGUCCGUUUGUCUCUACCGCCCAGUCCAUGCCUCUCUACCGCCCAGUCCGUUUGUCUCUACCGCCCAGUCCAUGCCUCUCUACCGCCCAGUCCGUUUGUCUCUGCCGCCCAGUCCGUGCCUCUCUGCCGCCCAGUCCGUUUGUCUCUGCCGCCCAGUCCGUGUGCCUCAGCCGCCCAGUCCGUUUGUCUCUACCGCCCAGUCCGUGUGCCUCUGCCGCCCAGUCCGUUUGUCUCUACCGCCCAGUCCGUGUGCCUCUGCCGCCCAGUCCGUUUGUCUCUACCGCCCAGUCCAUGCCUCUCUACCGCCCAGUCCGUGUGCCUCUGCCGCCCAGUCCGUGCCUCUGCCGCCCAGUCCGUUUGUCUCUGCCGCCCAGUCCGUGCCUCUGCCGCCCAGUCCGUUUGUCUCUACCGCCCAGUCCAUGCCUCUCUACCGCCCAGUCCGUUUGUCUCUACCGCCCAGUCCAUGCCUCUCUACCGCCCAGUCCGUUUGUCUCUACCGCCCAGUCCAUGCCUCUCUACCGCCCAGUCCGUUUGUCUCUACCGCCCAGUCCAUGCCUCUCUACCGCCCAGUCCGUUUGUCUCUGCCGCCCAGUCCAUGCCUCUCUACCGCCCAGUCCGUUUGUCUCUGCCGCCCAGUCCAUGCCUCUCUACCGCCCAGUCCGUUUGUCUCUGCCGCCCAGUCCGUGCGCCUCUGCCGCCCAGUCCGUUUGUCUCUGCCGCCCAGUCCAUGCCUCUCUACCGCCCAGUCCGUUUGUCUCUACCGCCCAGUCCAUGCCUCUCUACCGCCCAGUCCGUUUGUCUCUGCCGCCCAGUCCGUUUGUCUCUGCCGCCCAGUCCAUGCCUCUCUACCGCCCAGUCCGUUUGUCUCUGCCGCCCAGUCCGUGCGCCUCUGCCGCCCAGUCCGUUUGUCUCUGCCGCCCAGUCCAUGUCUCUCUACCGCCCAGUCCGUUUGUCUCUACCGCCCAGUCCAUGCCUCUCUACCGCCCAGUCCGUUUGUCUCUGCCGCCCAGUCCGUGUGCCUCAGCCGCCCAGUCCGUGCCUCUCUGCCGCCCAGUCCGUGCCUCUCUGCCGCCCAGUCCGUUUGUCUCUGCCGCCCAGUCUGUGUGCCUCUGCCGCCCAGUCCGUUUGUCUCUGCCGCCCAGUCCGUGUGCCUCAGCCGCCCAGUCCAUGCCUCUCUACCGCCCAGUCCGUGUGCCUCUGCCGCCCAGUCCGUUUGUCUCUACCGCCCAGUCCGUGUGCCUCUGCCGCCCAGUCCGUUUGUCUCUACCGCCCAGUCCAUGCCUCUCUACCGCCCAGUCCGUUUGUCUCUGCCGCCCAGUCUGUGUGCCUCUGCCGCCCAGUCCGUUUGUCUCUGCCGCCCAGUCCGUGUGCCUCAGCCGCCCAGUCCAUGCCUCUCUACCGCCCAGUCCGUGUGCCUCUGCCGCCCAGUCCGUGUGCCUCUGCCGCCCAGUCCGUUUGUCUCUACCGCCCAGUCCAUGCCUCUCUACCGCCCAGUCCGUGUGCCUCUGCCGCCCAGUCCAUGCCUCUCUACCGCCCAGUCCGUGCCUCUGCCGCCCAGUCCGUUUGUCUCUGCCGCCCAGUCCGUUUGUCUCUGCCGCCCAGUCCGUUUGUCUCUGCCGCCCAGUCCAUGCCUCUCUACCGCCCAGUCCGUUUGUCUCUGCCGCCCAGUCCGUGCGCCUCUGCCGCCCAGUCCGUUUGUCUCUGCCGCCCAGUCCAUGCCUCUCUACCGCCCAGUCCGUUUGUCUCUACCGCCCAGUCCAUGCCUCUCUACCGCCCAGUCCGUUUGUCUCUGCCGCCCAGUCCGUGUGCCUCAGCCGCCCAGUCCGUGCCUCUCUGCCGCCCAGUCCGUUUGUCUCUGCCGCCCAGUCUGUGUGCCUCUGCCGCCCAGUCCGUUUGUCUCUGCCGCCCAGUCCGUGUGCCUCAGCCGCCCAGUCCAUGCCUCUCUACCGCCCAGUCCGUGUGCCUCUGCCGCCCAGUCCGUUUGUCUCUACCGCCCAGUCCGUGUGCCUCUGCCGCCCAGUCCGUUUGUCUCUACCGCCCAGUCCAUGCCUCUCUACCGCCCAGUCCGUGCCUCUGCCGCCCAGUCCGUUUGUCUCUGCCGCCCAGUCCGUUUGUCUCUGCCGCCCAGUCCGUUUGUCUCUGCCGCCCAGUCCGUGCCUCUCUACCGCCCAGUCCGUUUGUCUCUACCGCCCAGUCCGUUUGUCUCUACCGCCCAGUCCGUUUGUCUCUACCGCCCAGUCCGUUUGUCUCUACCGCCCAGUCCGUUUGUCUCUACCGCCCAGUCCGUUUGUCUCUGCCGCCCAGUCCGUGUGCCUCUGCCGCCCAGUCCGUGUGCCUGCGUCUCUACCACCCAGUCUCCUCACAGAAAUACAGUGCAAAUCCAAAAGGCUCCGGAAAAACCCAAAGUCCUCUCCACGAUCCAUGGGAGAUGACACAGAGGGAGCAGAGCAAACAGACAGCAAACAGGUCACCUCCACCACCUCCUCCUCCACCUCCACCACCUCCACCACCUCCUCUACCAAGCUGCUCAAGGACAAAGUUGAAAUCACCAAAGAGCAACACGCACUCAUGGAGGCCAUUUUAAAAGCGUACCAAAGACAUCAAAUACCACAGGACGUGGCCAAGAAACUGCUUCAGGACCAGUACAGUGUGGAGGAGAACUUCCUGCUUCUGACAGAGAUGGCAACAAGUCAAGUCCAAGUUCUAGUUGAAUUUACAAAGAAUAUUCCAGGUUUUCUGUCUCUGGACCAUGAGGACCAGAUCGCUCUGUUAAAGGGCUCGGCCGUGGAGGCCAUGUUCCUGCGCUCGGCUCAGGUCUUAAGCCGCAAGACUCCGGGCGCUCACACCGAAGUCCUGGAGGAGCGCAUCCGCAAGAGCGGAAUCUCAGAGGAGUUCAUCAAACCAAUGUUCAACUUCUACAAAAGUAUCGGAGAACUGCACAUGACUCCCGAGGAACAGGCUCUGCUCACCGCGGUCACUAUCCUCACCCCAGAGCGGCCGUACGUGAAGGACCAGGCGGCGGUGGAGAGUCUGCAGGAGCCGAUGCUGGACGUGUUGAAGAAGCUGUGCCUCCUUCAUCAUCCUCUGGAGCCGCAGUACUUUGCUCGGCUGCUCGGACGCCUCACGGAGCUGCGCAGCCUCAACCACCACCACCACGAGAUCAUCACGUCCUGGAGGAGCCACGAGCACAAGUUCACUCCGCUGCUCUGCGAGAUCUGGGACGUACAGUGA